UGGUGACCAAUAUGCUAGUGUAACAAAAAUUAAGUGACCGUAAUUAGCCCGCGAAAAAGUAUGAGGGAAAAGUGUACUUUUCCAAUUUUUCUCCUCUCCGCUGCUUUAUCCAGUAUCCACUCGAAUGAAGGACGGAAAAUAGCUUCAUCUCCCUCUUCCACUUUGUGCUGCCGCUUCUCUCCCGCCGGGCAAACAAUGGCGGUCAUGCUAAACCAUCAUCUCUUCACCGCCUCCGGCGGCAGCAGCUUCGUCUGCAAGAUGUCCAAGACAAACCCGACGGUCUUCGUGGAGAAGAAGACCGGCUCCGUCGACUACGACAAAGGCGAGCACCUUGUUUCCACUGAGCUCAGCGGAGUCAGGCAAGCCAACAUUCCUAGACGCUACCGGCUCAGGGUCGAACGAGAUAGGUUCCAGAAGGACUGGUCGCUCUCCCAGGUGGUCCAGAAGGUUCUCGCGCUCGAUCCUCGCGGCGACGACGUGGAGGCCGUUUUGAACCACUGGGCUGGCCGCUUCGCUCGCAAGAAUUUCCCUUAUCUCAUCAAGGAGAUAACGCGGAAGGGAUCGUUGGACCACAGUCUAUUGGUUUUCAGCUGGAUGAAGAAUCAACAGAUUUAUCGUGCUUGUACUGAAAUCUAUAACAGGAUGAUCAUGUUGCUUGCUCGCCAUGGCCGGAUUGAUCAGGCUCGCGGGUUGUUCUUCGAAAUGCAGAAAUGGAGGUGCAAACCGGAUGUUGAGACUUACAAUGCACUUAUCAACGCCCACGGUAGAGCUGGUCAAUGGCGGUGGGGAUUGAAUAUAAUGGACGAGAUGCUGCGAGAAGCUGUGUGUAUUUGCUUUCCUUUUCCCAAAUCAAUCUUUGUGGGUCUGAUUUGAUAUAACACCUAGUCGGUCCACGUAUAAUAAUUUGAUUAAUUCUUGUGGAUCCAGUGGUAAUUGGAGAGAGGCAUUGAAGCUUUGCAAGAAAAUGACUGAAAAUGGCGUUGGGCCUGAUUUAGUGACUCACAACAUUGUUUUAUCUGCUUACAAGACUGGAGCUCAGUAUGCAAAAGCCUUGUCUUACUUUGAGCUGAUGAAAGGAACAAGCAUUAGACCAGAUACAACAACAUUCAACAUUGUGAUUCAUUGCUUAGUUAAGCGUGGCCAGUAUGAGAAGGCCCUCAAUAUUUUCAAUUCCAUGAGGGAUAAGAGAGCAGAUUGCCAUCCCGAUGUUGUCACCUUUACAACAAUGAUCCAUUUGUAUUCUUCCAUGGGGAAGAUUGAGAAUUGUUCUGCUGUGUUCAAUACCAUGCUCGGUGAGGGGCUGAGGCCUAAUAUUGUUUCAUACAAUGCAUUGAUUGGGGCAUAUGCUUCUCGUGGCAUGGGUAAAGAGGCACUUUCAGUUUUUGAUGAAAUGAGGAAGAACGGGUUUUGUCCUGAUGUUGUGUCAUACACUUCCUUGCUGAAUUCAUAUGGGAGAUCUCAGCAGCCUGUGAAAGCAAGAGAAGUUUUUGAGAUGAUGAAGAGAGAAAAACUGAAACCGAAUAUUGUCACCUAUAAUGCAUUGAUUGAUGCCUAUGGAUCUAAUGGGUACUUGGCAGAAGCAGUGGGCAUCUUACGUGAAAUGGAGCUUGCUAGUAUUAAGCCAGAUGUUGUGUCUAUAAGCACUCUUCUAGCUUCAUGUGCCCGAUGUGGCCGAAAGGUUAAUAUCGAUGCAGUGAUUUCAGCAGCUGAAAUGCGGGAUAUCAGAUUAAACACUGUUGCUUACAAUUCAGCUAUUGGUGCCUAUAUGAAUGUUGGGGAAUAUGAUAAGGCAGUUGCAUUGUUUCGAUCCAUGGGGAAAAGAAAAGUACUGCCUGAUUCUGUUACUUACAAUGUCUUGAUAAGUGGGUGUUGCAAGAUGUCAAAAUACAGCGAAGCUAUAGAGUUUUUUGGCAAGAUGAUGGAUUCGAAAUUGCGAUUGACUAAGGAGGCUUACUCAUCUGUGAUUUCUGCCUACAGCAAGCAGGGCCUAGUUGCAGAGGCAGAAUCCGUGUUCAACAUGAUGAAGACGUCUGGCUGCUGUCCUGAUGUUAUCACCUACACUGCGAUGCUACACACAUACAAUGCUGCAGAAUGCUGGGAAAAAGCUUGUGCUUUACUUCAAGAAAUGGACGCCUAUAGCAUACAACCAGAUACUAUUGCAUGUUCUGCUUUAAUGAGAGCUUUCAAUAAGGGAGGUGAUCCAGGCCAGGUCCUUGUCUUGGCACAGAUUAUGAGAGAUAAAGGAAUCCCGUUCAGUGAUGCCAUUUUCUUCGAAAUGGUUUCUGCAUGUAGCCUGUUGAGAGAUUGGAAGAAAGCACUUGAGUUGGUACAGCUGAUGGAGCCUUCUUUCCCCGUGAUUUCUGUUGGACUUCUAAAUCAACUUCUUCAUCUUCUGGGAAAAAGUGGAAAAACAGAUUCUAUGAUCAAGUUAUUUUACAAGAUUAUAGCAUCUGGUGCUGAAAUAAAUUUCAAAAGUUACUCCAUACUGUUGAAGAAUCUCCUGGCCGUUGGGAAUUGGAGAAAAUACAUCGAGGUAUUGGAGUGGAUGGAGAAUGCAAAAGUCGAGCCUUCUAAUGGAAUGUUCGAAGACAUACUCAACUUUGCUCAAAAGCAUGGUGGGGAAUUUGCUUCUACCAUAAAAACAAGAGUUGGUAUGCUCCUCCUGUUUCUUACCUCUCCUGCUGGAAAAUCACACUAUCAACUUUAUCAUGCAUAUGUAUGAUUAUGUAAUCACAGUGCUCGUAGUAAUAGCGAUUCUGGGUUUAGGAAUAUAACAGCAUUAAGGACACUUCAAUCCACACCUCCUUAUCCUCAACUUUAACCGUAGACAUCAGAACCGGCAAUGGUUCAUUCGAACACGAACUGAUAGUUCGCCUGGUAACUAACCAGAUAGUGCAGGUAGAGUUAUUAACAAGCCUCUUCGUUUUUUUUUUUUUUCGUUUCUACGACAGAAUCACUGAGAAGGCAGCCGGUCGAAAGCAACUUGUAAUGCUGAGUAGAUAGUUGAGACUUGAGAGAAGCUGUUAAAAGAGGAUGGAAUGGUGCUUCAUUUCCUUAAGAGCUCUCAGUUGCAUUUUGCAGAGAAUUUAUUUGCUGUAUUAUGUAUAUAUGUAAAAAAUAAAUUGUAGAUAUAACAAUUUUGUAACAGUUUUGUCUAGUUAUAUUCAGUCAGCUCUUGGGAGAAGUCAUCACUCUAUCAGUUGAGACUUGAGAGAUGAGGAAGAAGUCUAAUCAGUCGUUUGGUUAAUUGGGCCUUCUUUUUCCUUGUUACAGAAUUCGGGGAUGGGCCGAAUUUGUGCCUCAGGCCCAACUAUCCUCCAACUAAAUUGAAACAGCGAGUGGGCUUUGGGGAUCAAGCCCGUCAUCCACUUGAGUUUAUCACUUCAGUGUUCUGAUCAAUUCCAUUUCGACUUUUCUAUUGCCAACCAUAAGAACAGAGUUUACAGAGAAGAAGACAACAAUGGCGGCAGCGGCGGCGGCGGCGCCUAUUCUGAGCCACAUCGCCAGGGAGUCAUCCGACAUAAGACGCCUCGCCAAUUUCUACAAGGAGAUUUUUGGGUUCGAGGAGAUAGAGACGCCCGAUUUCGGAUUCAACGUCAUAUGGCUGAAUCUGGCUAACGCUUUCUCGCUCCACCUCAUCGAGCGGAGCCCCGAGACGAAGCUCCCGGAGGGUCCUUACAGCGCCGUGGAACCGAUUCGAGAAGUUUCCCAUAUCUCCAAAGGCCACCAUAUCUGCAUCUCCGUCGCCAAUUUCGACGCUUUCGUUGGUUCCCUCAAGGAGAAGGGGAUAGAGACUUUUCAGACGGCGGUUCCAGGGCGGUCAAUUAGGCAAGUCUUCUUCUUUGAUCCAGACGGCAAUGGACUGGAGGUGGCGAGUCGGGACGAGUAGGGGAAAGCUCGACUGCACUGCGCUUCGUUCGAUGAUGAUCAACUGAACUGAACUGCGCUUCGCUUGAUGAAGAUCGUAUGUACGAAAAGAACCCUAAUAAGGAGGAAUAAGAUGAUGUACAGAUGCUGGCUAAUAGGGCUGAUUAGUUAGUUAUAAGCAACUUUGUUCCAGGGGGUAUUUUACUGUUUCUCCAUGGAUUCUAUGUAGCUAAGCCAUGAGUGUUGUAAUCGAAAUGAAAUGAACAGCAGUAUGUGCUUCUAGUUUUUUCAUCUCACACCAGGUAUGAGUAGCUUGAGCUGAUGACACUGUCUCCAUUGAUACCAAGGCGAUGUCCUUUCCUUGCUGAUUUUCUACUUAGCAUUUGUCUACAGCAAGUACAAUGAGAAUCGGAUUGCGUAUAUUUUCAGGCUGAAACCACACAACAUUCCACCAAGUUUUGAAACAAAAACAAACUGCACAGAAUACAGAUGCAGACGUUGUCCAGCAACUACCAUGUUCAGCGCCCUAAAAAAGGGGUAGCAGUAUGUAAAAGCUGUUCAGUGACAUUUCUUUCCACCUCUUUCCCUUUUCUGGGGAAGGUGGAAGGGUUGAUGUCUAGCAUGAUCCAAAAUGUGUCCCUCUUUUCAGCACCCUCCGAUUCGAAAUGCCUUACGAGUGCACCAGGAUGGUUCAAUGCUACACUCCAGAAAACGCUGUAACUGGAACGGGGUCGCGACAGGUUGCCAUACCAUCUUUAGAACUUCAAAGGCCUAAAAGAAACAUGAGUGCAAAGUUCGAAGUUCACGAUGUAGAUAUACCAUCCCGCUUCAGCAGUUCCAUUUUGGUUGCUGCAACUGCCCUGUGCUGCCUUUCUUUUUUCCGACGAAGACACUCUCCACACCAACUAGAGAAUUCGGUCUGAUAUCUCUUCAGCUCUCGAUAUGCCGAACUUCUGCACCACAAAAUCAGGUUUAACCGUUGCCCAGAAGUUGUGGCUCUGGCACCAUGCCUAUGGCGACCUCGAUGAAGAACUGCACGUCCUGGAAUAUGGGUAUAAUCCCCUAUUUCCUGUUGCAGAAAGUGAGAUUAUUAAGCCUUCAUUUGGUGGUGUUCUCCAUAUC